AUGGGAAUAUUAUUUACAUAUGACAAAUUUCCCUUGUUGGUGGUGUUUAAUCCCUUUGCAGGACGAAAACAGGGUCAAGAUCAGUUUAAUAAGGUGGUCCGGCCUGCACUUGAUCAGUCAAGCACUACGUUUUACUUGAUCGAAACUACCCAUCAUGGUCACGCCCAAAGCUACUUUAAAGAGAACAUCCAACAAAUCCUUAUUGAGCUUGCGCAAUCUUUUGGCAUUAGGAGCACCCAUACUGGUGGUUCUGAAGAAGUCCAUGCUACCUCAUCAGCAGUACACUCCUCGAGUGCAACGCUCCGUAUCAUGGUGUUAGGCGGAGAUGGGACCGUACAUGAGAUAGUGAAUGGUAUCCUUACUGGCUUGGUAGAAAGUCCAUUGAUCACAGAUGUAUUCAGACCCAAGGUAGUACUCUCGGUGGUACCAACAGGAACAGGGAAUGCUAUCGCAACAAGUCUAAAUAUUACUACAGUUCAAACUGCGGUCGACCGGUUCCUCGCUGGUAAUUCUACACCAUUACGUGUUAUUCAAGUCUCCAAGCAAGCACAUGAAGCUGUAAAAACGGAUUCGGCGAACAAUAACAAUGGGCAUUUACUCUCGUCCGUACCUCCCCGCUGGGAGCCUCAUGUGUACACAGUCGUUGUCAACAGCUUCGGCCUCCAUUGCGCAACAGUGCAUGAUGCCGACGGAUUUCGUUUUCUAGGUAAUGAACGAUUUAAGGUUGCCACUCUCAAGAAUAUUGUUAUACUAAAGCAGUACAGGGCGCGUGUGGAUUUCUAUGGUCCUGUUCAGCGAUACGAUCGAUCCUCAAAGGAAUUUUCUUCAGCUACCCAUGUUAACAGCCGCGUUGUCUCAACUGAGCCUUCAUUGACGCUAUCAGGACCAUUUACAUAUCUUAUGUUCACAAAGCAGGGCUCACUGGAGACAGGGUUUCAACCGACACCACUUGCAAGGACGUCUGACGAAUGGCUGGAUGUGUUGGCUGUCCAGAAUGUAGGUCGUACUCAAAUUUUGAAGAUACUGGGCGCUGCAGCCAAGGAAGGAAAGCAUAUUGAGAUGGAAAAAGUAGAGUACUACAAAGUUAAGGCUGUUGAAUUUGAAUCUUCCGGGGUGGGUCGUCUUUGUGUCGAUGGAGAGUUUCUGAAUGUACAAGCAGGACCGCAGGGCAGGAUGAGGUUUGAAGUUGUUUCAGAUUUGAACAUUCAAUUAUUCUAUGUCUAUAACUAGCC